GUUCACUUUACAUUUCACAGAUCUAUAGAGCAAUCAUUAUUUUUAUUAUAAUUAUAAUUUAUGUAUCACAUAGAACUGUAAUCAGUAAGAAUAAGUUUAGAGAUAAGUAAGGACCUACUUUGGCACUUUAAAAUAAAGCUAUGGCUAAACAUACAUUUGAACAUCUGCUUAAAAUAUUUCAAAGCAGUAUUACACCGGUUUUACCUGAAAACUUUAUUAGAAAGACUAUAAAUUACAACUCAGCCACAGAACAACUUAAAAUUUUUGGCUGUGACCAUCCAUUGAAAAAUAAAAAUUUAUAUGUAGUUGGAGCUGGAAAAGCUGUAAAAAAUAUGGCUUUGGAAGUAGAAAAGAUAUUUGGGUCUAAAAUAGAAAAUGGUAUAAUCAGUGUCCCUGUUGGGAGUAAAAGUGGUGAUAAUAAUAAAACGUUAUUAACCUAUUUGGAGGGUGCUAAAAAUAAUUUACCAGAUAAAGAAGCAGAAUAUACCAGCUUAAAAAUAAAAACUUUAAUUUCAACUCUUACUGAAAAGGAUUUUCUCUUAGUUUUACUAUCUGGUGGAGGAUCAGCUCUGCUCCCCUUGCCUAAAGAACCAAUAACAUUAGAAGAGAAAACAGAAUUAGUAAAAAAGUUAGCAAAUGCUGGGGCAGAUAUAAAAGAGUUAAAUACUGUGAGAAAAAGGAUAUCAGAUAUGAAAGGUGGACAGUUAGCGCUACAAGCUCAACCAGCUCAAGUUGUAACUUUAAUAUUAUCAGAUAUUGUAAAUGACCCACUAGAUCUUAUUGCAAGUGGACCCACUGUCAUAAAUGAAGACCCAAAAACAGCAGCUUUGGAUAUCAUACAUAAAUACAAUUUAUAUGAUCACCUUCCUGCUUCUAUUAGACAUGUAUUAGAAAAAAGUGAAGAUAGUCCAUCAUUUCCAGAUAAUGUACAAAAUUAUAUUAUUGGUUCAAAUAAAUUGAGUAUAGAAGCAGCCAAAUUACAAACAAAGAAUUUAGGAUAUGUUGCGUUAGACCUUUCACAUACUAUUACAGGGAAUGUGAAACAUGUAGCUAAAGAGUAUCUUAAAAUGACUGCACUGUUCUGUGAUUUCAUGAAUAAGAAAAUAGAAUGCCAAGCCCUAAAAUCUGGACUUGAUAAAAUUGAUUUACCUAUCUCUUAUGAUAACAUAGAUGAGCUGGAUGCCCAAAUUAACAAAGGUAUCUGCCUAAUCCUAGGUGGAGAAACAACUGUUGAAGUAAAAGGAUCAGGAAUAGGUGGUAGAAAUCAGCAGUUGGCUUUAGAAUUUUCGUCUUUACUACAUGACAAUAAGAAUCAUCUAAAUGCUGAUGUAUUUUUCUUAAGUGCCGGCACAGAUGGGAUUGAUGGGCCCACAGAUGCUGCAGGGGCUAUAGGGUACUUGAAUUUAGUAGCAGAGUCUAAACAAGAAAAUCUAGAUGUUGAUACUUAUGUAAAAAACAAUGACUCUUAUUCAUUCUAUAAACAGUUCAGAAAUGGAGAAUUACAUGUUAUUACAGGGCAUACAAACACAAAUGUCAUGGAUAUUCAUUUAAUCCUUAUAAAAAGUAAUAUUUCAUUAUAGUAGCUAAGUAUAUUUAUUUAUUUCUUAUGAAGAUGGUUUUAAAAAUAAAUUAAGUUUAUUGUUUUUAUC